AUGGGGCAGACCCUUUCAGAACCUGUAACAGAGAAGCAGUCGUCAACAUGUCAGGAUUCCAGAUAUCUAGUGGGUUCUUCAUGUAUGCAAGGCUGGCGAGUUUCCAUGGAUGAUUCCCAUACACAAAUUCUAUCUUUGCCUGAUGACCCUGGAACAGCUUUCUUUGCUGUAUAUGAUGGGCAUGGAGGCUCAAACAUUGCCGAAUAUGCUGGGAAGCAUCUUCACAAAUUUAUUACAGCUAGACCCGAGUAUCACCUUGGAAAUAUUGAGGAAGCUCUAAAGCAGGGUUUUCUUGAUCUUGAUCAAGCUAUGUUAGAAGAGGACAUGCAAGAAAAGGUAGCUGGUAGCACAGCAGUAGUUGUUCUAGUGAAAGAAAAUACACUAUAUUGUGCUAAUGUUGGCGAUUCCAGAGCAAUAGCCAGUGUCAGGGGUGCGGUUGAGGUGCUUUCAUACGACCAUAAACCGAACAAUGAGGAGGAACUGCGAAGGAUCACAGCGGGGGGAGGUUGGGUGCAGCUAAACAGAGUUAAUGGAAACUUGGCCCUAUCUCGAGCUUUAGGUGAUUAUAUAUUCAAAAGGAACUACAGAUUAUCGCCGAGGGAUCAAAUAGUUACAGCAUACCCUGAUGUUCAAGUACGACAGUUGAAUGAUGAUUGGGAGUUUAUAGUGAUUGCUUGUGAUGGGAUUUGGGAAGUUUUAUCUAAUGAAGAAGUACUGUCGUUUUGUCGGGUACGUCUUCUCAGCGGUUGGGAACCCGCGACCGUAUGCGAGGCGCUCAUGCAACUGUGCCUUGCGCCCAACUGCGCCACCGGCGGCUUAGGUUGUGACAACAUGACCGUGUUAAUUAUAUGCCUUUCUCCCUUCCCUAGGGCUGAUAUGGUGAAACCAGUUCCAGAAGAACAAAUGUUAAACAACAAAUUUAUGACCAAAAUGGAGGAUUUGCUUUACGUUGAAGACGAGGAAGAAGAUUUGAAG